AUGCGAGCUGCGGGCCAGUCCUCUGCCCCGUGCCAGAGUGGAGAUACAAACAUGUUUCCGGUCACCGUAGGCCAUCAGAGCUCCAUGUCUGACUCUGACCUUAUGAAGAGUGGGGGACCAGCCAGCAGGGGCCCCGAAUGCCGCUCGCCUCCAACUCCCAGGAUGGAGCUGCUUAGUCCCUCCAAGGUGAAGGACCGCUCUCAGAACGUCACAGAGAAGGUCACCCAGGUGCUUUCUUUGGAGUCUGAUGUACUGCCUGAAUACAAACUCCAGGUGCCGGAGACAACAUGGUGGAUCUUGCUUCACUACAGCCCUUUCAAGGCGUUCUGGGACUGGAUUAUUCUCCUCCUAGUCCUCUACACAGCUGUUUUCACUCCUUACUCGGCUGCCUUCCUCCUGGAUGAACACGGGGAUUUACAUCAAAGGAGUUGCGGCUACACAUGUAACCCUCUGAAUGUGGCGGACCUUAUGGUGGACGUGCUGUUUAUUGUGGAUAUAGUCAUCAACCUUCGCACAACGUACGUGGACCACAACGACGAGGUGGUCACACAGCCGAGCCGGAUAGCCAAGCACUAUAUCAAAGGCUGGUUCCCUAUUGAUCUGUUUGCAGCGAUCCCUUUUGACCUUCUCAUUUUCAGAUCUGGCUCAGACGAACCAAAGAUGGCAACCUUAACAAGUCUGCUGAAAACAGCUCGGCUGCUGCGAUUGGUCCGCGUGGCAAGAAAGCUGGACCGGUAUUCUGAAUACGGGGCUGCUGUCCUCUUCUUGCUUAUGUGCACCUUUGUGCUCAUCGCCCAUUGGCUCGCCUGUAUUUGGUACGCCAUUGGCUUUGUGGAGAGGCCAUACACGGAGACCGGUUGGCUGGACAACCUGGCUGAGCAGCUGGGCAAGUCAUACAAUGACAGUGACUCCACCUCUGGUCCGUCAGUCAAAGACAAGUACGUCACUGCACUUUACUUCACCUUGAGCAGCUUGACGAGUGUGGGGUUCGGUAAUGUCUCUCCAAACACCAACUCAGAGAAGAUCUUCUCCAUCUGCGUCAUGGUCAUUGGCUCUCUCAUGUAUGCAAGCAUAUUUGGGAAUGUGUCAGCCAUCAUCCAGCGACUGUAUUCCGGUACAACCCGUUACCACACCCAGAUGUUGCGAGUGAAAGAGUUCAUCAGAUUCCACCAAAUCCCAGGUAGCCUUCGCCAAAGGCUGGAGGAGUAUUUUCAGCAUGCCUGGUCCUACACAAAUGGCAUUGACAUGAAUGCUGUGCUGAAGGGAUUUCCAGAGUCUUUGCAGGCAGACAUCUGUUUGCACUUGAACAGAUCUCUGCUACAGAACUGCAAAGCUUUUCAUGGAGGCAGUCAAGCCUGUCUGCGCGCCUUGGGUAUGAGGUUCAAGACAGUCCACGCUCCUCCAGGAGAUAUCCUGAUCCACUACGGAGACAUCCUGGACUCUCUCUUCUUCAUCUCACGUGGUUCCAUUCAGGUCAUCCGGGAUGAUGUGGUGGUUGCCAUACUAGGUAAAAAUGACAUCUUUGGGGAGCCCAUACACCUGUACGAUGAGCCAGGGAAGUCCAAUUCAGAUGUCCACACCAUCACCUACUGUGACCUGCAUCGCAUACUGAGGGACGACCUGCUGGAGGUCCUUGAUAUCUACCCCAGCUUUGCAGACAACUUUUGGAGGAACCUGGAGAUAACUUUUGACCUUAGAGAUGCUGACCAAGUACCACCAAUAAUUACAACUGAUGACUCUGGUGACGACUGUGUUUAUCGCCACAAGCCAAGACACAGGAUCCACUCCCUGGACUGCCGAAUCAGGCCAGAUGGAACUGAUCAUGAAGACUCGUACCCCCUUCAGUCCCUCCGCCAUCGUCACUCACCUUCUCGGGCCCACUGGGAUGACCGCUGUAGCUGCGGAUCCCUGUGUUCCCAGUCAAGUGAAGACCUAGCUAAGCCUCUUGCCCAUGGUGCCAAAGUAGAGCUUUACCCUUCAGAAGAUGCCAGACGGGACUACUCCCCUUCAGUAGUGCAGCUGCUACCCCCGAGUGGCCCCACAGUGGGGAGGGAACCCGUGUUGGACCUCGGCCACCAAGCUUCAUCUUUGAAUGUGCCGGGAAUGUAUCGAUACUGGCCAGACCAGCGGUCACAACAGUUUUCCAGUCGCGCCUGGCGAUCUUCUUCUGUUCGCAACUCGUACCAUCCACCACCAUUCACAGAAGAACGGCCGAGUGAGCUAGAGUCUCGACUUGAGGUUUUGCAUUCACAGCUCAACAGACUGGAGACUCGCAUGACAGCUGACAUCAACGUCAUUCUCCAGCUUCUCCAGAGGCAGAUCGCUCCUGUACCUCCUGCUUACAGCACUGUCUCGUCUAGUACCCUCCCGACUGACUCACCAGGCAUUUAUGGAACUGGGACACCAGUGCUGCACAGCAUGUACCCCAUUUCCACCAUACAGCUGGACAGCCGGGCACCCACACAGAGCUCUACCCAGACUGACCUCAAAUUCACCAAGAAGUCCCAGGAGUCACUGUCCAGUGGUAUCCAUGUGACUGUGGCAUCGGACGACACCAUGUUCAUGACCGUCACCCCUGAAACUGAGACCCAUAGAGGGCUGCCCCAGCCGUCAGUCAAAUCCUCCCUCAUGGAGAACCCCAGGCUGUGCGGCAGCCUCCGCUACCCCUCACUGCCGGGGAACCUGGACAUCACAUCAGGACUUACUGAGAUCCAGAAACACCUCUCAGACCCUGUACUGCCUGUCAUCUGA